AUGAAGAAAUUUGGAUUUCUUCACGGACAAACUUCGUCGCCGAUGCAAUCUCUCUCCGGAUCCUUUUCAUCUUUACAGAUGGAUACUGGGAUGAAUACUUCCAUGGUCAGCACAAUCUUUGAACCUCCAGACUUGACUACCAUUGAUGCAGAUCUUUUGGUUGUCAUCAAAAGUCUCCAAAAAAGAGAUAUCACGACCAAGUGCCGUGCCUUACAAGAUUUAAUUCAAUGGAAAAAAUGUGAUCAAUUUGAAAAUGAGCAAUUUUUGGAUGCCUGGGCCAUUUUCUUUCCUCGCUUGGCGAUUGAAACAGACCGACGAGUUCGUCAGUAUGCUUUUACAUUUACCGGUCUUUUAUCUUCAACUCUUCAAAAAAAACUUGCACCAUGGCUCAAAUCCUAUAUCGCACCCUGGUUGAUGGGUUUCUUCGAUUUUGAUAAAUCAGUUUCCUCAGCUGCCCGCGAUUCACUCAGAAAACUACUCUCAGAGGAUAAGUGGUCUCAUGUUUGGAUGAAGUACGGGAAUGUUCUGGUUGAUAAUAUUGUGGAUAUCUUGAUGUAUGAAACUGUUGAUUCAAUGUCUGAUUUACGAUUCAUUUCCAACGAAGACGCUGAAGCCAAAUAUGAACGUACUUGUGCGUGCUGCUUUUCUGUUCUUUCCUUUCUGCUGAAUCAAAAUCUAACCAAUGACGCGCGUUCUGUAGAUGAAGAUUCAAAAGCACAAGGCUUUCACAAGCAUUACUUUGAGGCAAUCUCCAUGUUGCUUGAAUCUAAGCAAUUAUGGGAUCUCCUUUCCUCUUCUCAUGGGAUCAUUAAACUCAGAUUGUUUCAAUAUUUACAAACUCUUAUUCAUUCCAAUAAGGACUUCUUUUCCCCGUAUAAAGAUAAAAUAAUAAACCUCGUGCCGCGUAUGCUUUCCCGAUCUGACAGUAUUUCAUGCGUUUCUUUGUUAGGAAUGUUGUCUUACUUGUUAGCCGUUUAUCCUUCUUCGUCUACUACUUUGGCAAAUCAUUCGAAACGUCCUAUGCGAAAGUGUUUACAGAAUCUCCUUCGUAAACGAAUAGCACUACCGAAUUCUGGCUUUUACACAGCUUUCAUGACUUUAAUGACGCAUUUUUCUACUGAAGAUCUCGUCCCUUCCACAGAAGAUUUGGCCGAGUUUUCUAAUGCGUUUUUGGAAGUUGCUCAACAAGAACAACGUGUUUUCGCGACUCAAGUCUACAGCUGUUAUUUUGAAUUUCUGUCGUUUGUUUUUAAUUAUUCCUCGGAUUCCCGGAUGAAAGAUACAGUAUUAGAAAGCCUCAAGUCGAUGUUUAUUUCCUAUUUCGAAGGAAAUAUGACCCCACAAUGUCCUGUUUUAGAGUUCGAUAAAUGUUUGCAGAACAUAUUUCGUAAAAACGAAAAUUUUUCCAAUUUGUGGAACGAGGUCUUAUACAAUUUUUAUGAAUCUCAUCUUGUUCCCGACUCUGUGUCAUUUGAAGUCAUUUCUAGAUCUGUUACUCUGGCCGUGCAAACGGCUCUGAGUUUUAAGAAUAAUGAUAGGCCUUAUAACGUCGAAUAUGAACGUAAAGUACAACCUUGCUUACAGUUUUUGAUGCGCCUGUCUGCUAACGAAAAUAAUCAAUUUGCUGGUCUUGCUGUUUUGCAUCUUACCAAGCUUUGUCAUGUUUUUGAAAAAACAAAGUUUACCCACUUUGUCCAACAGGACUUUAGCGAGUAUUUACUAAAUUUUUUACCAUCUAUAAUAUUGAAUCAGCCGUCAAAAACGACGUAUUUGAAUUUGCUUCAUGAGAUCGUCUACUUGCUUAGAGAUUCCGAGAAUGUUAGCACUCUGUGGAUUUCUGUUAUUGAUCAGUUGAUGACUGAACCAUUAAAUACCGAAGUUAUAAAAUCACUUCCUUCUAGUUUUUCAAAUUCCCGCUUGAAUGCUAAAGUUCCGUUGGUGGAUUCCCUUGUUUCUUAUUAUGAUGAGACUGUGUCUAACCUGAUUGAACAACAGCAUUACAGUUCGAGUCUAAUAAAACUUACCAUUGAUGCGAAAGAUAUUCUUAUCCCUGCCAAAUUGGUUGAAAAAUUUUUAGGCAUGACUACAAACAGUUUUGAUGUGAAUAUGCCACAAAGUCAUUUGGAAAAUUACUUAAAUAUUUUAUGUUGCGAAUUUCACUCCUUAGGCCAUAAUCUGGCUGAUGUAUUUGCACAAAAUGAAAGCCUUUAUUUAUUAUAUCCUUUGCUACUAAUAGACCCCAAGUUUUCUACCAUUGAUGGCCAUCUGCGUAAUAGUUUAAUUGAACAAUUUAAUGCGGAAUGUCAGAAGAACAGUGGUUUUAUGAAAUCUCUUUGCAUUAUCGUUUCGGACUGGAGUCGUAAGACCAUUUCGGGAGAUAAACACGACAUACAUAAAUUGGCGCAAAUGGUUGUAAGACUUGCAAAAUCUCAUAAAGAAAAUGUUCCCUUGUCUUUGUUUUGUUACCCUAAGGAGUUUUGGAUUUCUGCAUUGGCUCCGAUUGAACAUUUUUUUGCCAAAAAUUAUUUUGUUGAUCAAGUACCUUGUCUUGGAUUCUCGGAAUCGGUUGAAAAAAGCCAAUCUGAUGAAGUUGUCAAUAGCAAAACCGUUGCACAACUUUUUAAUGCUUCACUUUACUCAUUGGUAUUUUGCGAACACGACGAAGUAACCUCCGAUCUUAUCCUGUAUUUGUCUUUGUCAUACGUUGUUUUUUCUAUCUAUGUUCAAAAUGGUGGUGAACUUUUUUCUGAUAUAUCUAUUGAGAGUGCUAACGACUUUUGCCAAAGAUGUGAGAAUUUGUUUAAGAGACUAUUCAGCGACAUAGCUGACAAUAGUUCAUUAUCCUUUUAUUUAAGCAUCCUUGUUCAACCUCAAAGCAAUAUCGGAUGUGCUAUCCAAGAGCUGAUAAUGAUAGCUGUUUCUUCUUCUGAUUUAAUGAGUGUUUUUGCCGGUCAAACUAUUACAGAUCUAUUGAAGUUAGCUUCUUCAAUGUUUCCUUUAAGCUCUGAUGAAUUUGAAACUUUAUGUAACAGCUUGGAUAUUCUCGCGUCAAAGUCAGACAUCUUAGUUGUAGCCCUUCUUGAAGGAUUCAAACCUCUUGAGCUGGAUUCAAGUGUCGUCGCAAAGUUAAGAUUUAGAAGUGCUAGUCAACUAUCUGGUAAGUUGGUAUCUAGCCCUUCUGUAACCAAUGCUUUAAUGAUGCUGAAUGCAGCUACGCCAACUGGAGACGAUUCGAAAGUGCUGCUGCCCAUAACCCGUUGUCCAUUACUCUUAACAAGCCUUACUGAAUGGGCAACUGGCGUUGCUACAAAAUCAUUGGAUUUAUUGUCAUUGUCUCUGUUAUUGAGAUUUCUUCAUGGUUUUCUACCCUCCGUUCAAAAGUUUACGGGUCCUUACUGGAAUCGAAUUUUUGAAUUAAUAAAAUUCACACUUAAGCUUUCUCCAGUUGAUAUUCCUAUAGUAAAGUCUAUGGAGCUUUACGCACUCCGCCUAUAUCUUGCGCUUACGAAAAUUUCGGACAGAAACGACGACAUUUACGAUGGGCUUCUUGAACAGGAUGAUGAUAUAAACUAUCUUGGAGUGAAAAGUUUCCUUUCUAGCCAUGAAUCUAGUCUAAAGUCUUCAGUAACCGUUGGACUCUGCAAUAGCUACCUUGUACGAAUAUUAGACAGUUGUUCAGAAAAGAUUAUAGCAAAAAUUCCCUAUCAAGAGCUUUAUCCUAAUUUGCUUGACUUUUCGGAUUUGCAAAACGAAGGCACGUGUAUGAAGUUAUUGUAUGAAAAAAUCUCGAGUGAAGUUAAAGACUUGACGGUGUAUUAUUUGGUUGAAAGCACUUCUGAACCCGACGUUUCUUUCGCUCCGGAAUUGCUUUCCAUACUCAUUGAUUACGCUGAAAAUCCUUUAACUCUCUUAGGUGAAAUUGAUACUAUGGAAUCUGCUCUACGAUCUUAUCUUUUAGCAUGGGACCUUGUUUUCCACCAUUUUGAAGAAACGACAUACCAAAUUAAGCUUGCUCUCACCGAACAGUUGUUGUCGAUGGAUCUAGUAAGACCAUUACUUGCGAUUAUUGUAGAAGUGCUCCAGUUGUCCUAUGAUAGGCCUGUCGAUGUAAGUAAUUAUUCAAAAACAUCCUAUAACCUUAUGGACUAUGCUUCUCCGCUACAUCGAACUCGAUGCCUGUGUACGUAUAUCUAUUAUCAAUGCUUGAGACAUUUAUCUUCAGCAGUCCGUGGAUACUGGUCGGAAAUUAAGAAUAGAGCCUUUACAUACACAGUUGAGUCAUUCACAGAGUCUAACGUGUCUCCAUUAUUAAUUUCUGCUUCUCUGGAUGAUGUAGAAAAGGCGAUUUCUUCGUCGACCUUUGAAACCUCUGGAGAUACCGUUGUCAAAUUGAACAGAAAUACAAAAGAAAUAUCUUUUAUAUAUCACGUUGAUGAGCAUAAACUUGAGAUGGCGAUUAGGAUACCUUUGGCUUACCCUCUUCAUCAAGUACAAGUGGAAGGAAUUGAAAGAGUUGGUGUGAAUGAACGACAAUGGCGAGCAUGGAUUCUGGCUUCCCAAAGUAUUCUGACAUCCCAAAACGGCUCAAUAAUUGAUGCUUUACAAUUGUUGAAGAGAAACAUUUCGAUGCACUUUGAAGGUGUUGAAGAGUGUGCAAUUUGCUACUCUGUGUUGUCGGUUGAAAGAACAUUACCAAACAAGCGCUGCAAUACAUGUAGACACAAGUUUCAUGCUUCUUGUUUGUAUAAAUGGUUCAAAUCUUCGAAUGCUAGCCGGUGCCCAUUGUGCCGUAGUAGCUUUACCUUUGUGUAA